AUGGCCCGGGCGGCGGCUGCGUGGUCGAAGUGGGAGAUGUCUGUGUUGAGCCGCUCGUCGCAGUUGCCGCCGAACAGGCUGCGCGACUUGCUCGACGGUGACCUCUGCGAGCUGCCGGCAGCUGGAGCUGUGUCGCCGGCGUGCGGCGGCCUGCCUCCGGAGGCGCGGCUGACCUCGACCUUCUCCGAGCGGCGCGCCUUCUUCGCCAGCGACGACGAGCUGCUCGACUUGGGCGGCAACGACAUCAUCUGCCCGCCGUCGACGGCGUACGAGCUUCACGAGGCGUGGCCGGAGAUGGAGCUGCGUGUCGUGCCGGCCGGCGGCCACUCGCACUACGACUCGGGCCUCAUGGCCGAGCUGCUGCGGGCGACCGACGCGAUCCGCGAUCGGAGGCACAGCGAACGCGCAGGCGGAGGCCGAUAG